AUGAGCAAUAUACUGUCCCUAUUAAAUGGAUACUGCAAUAAUGUUACGGCAAAAACGUUAAAGGAUCUUUCUCUCAUCAUUGGUUCACCCAUAGGGAUAACCAAAUUGAAUCGAAGGACAAAUAUCAUGGAACAAUGCAAACAUUUGGAACAAUUAAGGUUGAAACGUUUGCAUCAAGGUACCCUCGUUAUUAAUUCCAUUGAUACGGGGAUUUCUAAUUUUGCUAUUUCUAAAUUUAAAUGGGAUUUGAUGAGUCCAUGGCCAACUUUAUUAUCAUGGGAAAAGAUCCAAUUGGAAAGGAAAUUCUUACCUGAAUUAGAGAUUGAAUCUUCCAGCCUGGAACCCAAUGAUUUCUCAUUAAUGACAUAUAGACUUGUGGAAUAUCUGCUGGAUGAGAAGGAUAAUGUGUCAAAACCUGAUCUUUUCACCAUUGAACGACAGAGAACCAGAACAAUGUCAUCUCGAUUCGUAUUGGACCCCAUUAUUAGAUGUAAUAUUUUGGAAAACGUGUUAUAUUCCACUUUAGAAAACAGAAUACGAUACAAUAAUAUGGGUAAACAUGAAUACUCUGUUUUAUCCUCAAAUCCGCAAAGAAUGACAUCAUUUUGGUGUCCCACAGACAAUGAUAAGAACAAAAAGAAAAACAGUAACAAAUAUUCCAAAGAUUUCAAGAUUAAAUUAGUGAAGGAGAUAAUAAGAAACUCUUGUAUGGAUAAUGCAAAUGAUUUGGGAAGACCAUUUAUCGGUAUCCCUCAGGAUUGGAAAAUUGAUCUGGUUAAGUUAUUGAAUAGCUCAGCAUCGGCAAAAUUUAAACUUUUUAACUGCUUAAGAAACCAUGAAAACGAUACCUCAAAUAUAUCCGGUGUUAAGAAAGACGAUGACCUGGCUGAUUCAUUUUUACAUGGGUUAUCAUGGAUGGAAUGGCUAAGAAAUUAUAUUGAGAUAUACAAUUUAUUAUCUAGGGAUACUAUGCAGGUAUCUAACAAGGAAAAUGCAACGCAAUUUGUGGAGUAUUGCACCAUGAAAAGGGAGAAGAUGGAGACACUACAAAGUAAGAUAGCUGCAUAA